UUCAUCUCACAUUGUUUCUCACAAAUCGAUUUCAAUAUAACAAUCGCCAAUAUUAUAUUCACACACAUAAGUUAUAGAGUGAACGAGCAUGCCCAAAAUAAUCAAUCUCAAAUAUUUGCACAAGAUGAAGUUGGUUGCUUUGGUUGUGUUGUUGAGCUGUUUGUCGGCGCAGAGCACGCCUUUCCCUGUGAGAGUUGGAGUGGUGUUAGACAUGGACAGUUAUGUCGGAAAUAUGGGGUCCACCUGCAUCACAAUGGCGCUCUCGGAUUUCUACACCAGAAAUGGCCACUACCAGACUAGGCUGGUUCUCAACAAGACGGACUCCAAGAGAGAUGUUGUUGGGGCAGCUGCUGCAGCUCUAGAUCUACUGAAGAAUGUUGAAGUGCAAGCGAUCAUAGGUCCAUUGUCCUCGAUGCAGGCAAAUUUUAUGAUAAAUCUAGGUAAUAAGUCUCAAGUACCGAUCAUAACCUUUUCAGCCACAAGCCCGUCUCUCUUGUCAAUCCAAAGUCCAUACUUUGUUCGCGCUGCCUUAAGCGACUCUUCCCAAGUAAAGGCCAUAGCUGCAAUAGUCCAAGCCUUUGGAUGGAGAGAAGUUGUGCCAGUCUAUGUGGAUAAUGAAUUUGGAGAAGGGAUUAUGCCAUAUUUAGCAGAUGCCUUGGAACAGGUAAAUGUGCGCAUACCUUACAGGAGUGUCAUCCCAUCAUCAGCAACAGAUGAUGAGAUUGUUGCAGAGCUUCACAAGCUUAUGACAAUGCAAACUAGAAUUUUCAUUGUCCACAUGCUGACUGGUCUUGGUUCUCGCCUAUUCACCAAAGCUAAACUACUGGGAAUGAUGAGCGAAGAUUACUCUUGGAUCAUCACUGAUGGCAUGACAAACGAGUUAAAUUCAAUUGAUCGUUCAGUUAUGGAAGAAGAUAUGCAAGGAGUUAUAGGUGUAAAACCUUAUAUUCUGAAAUCGGAGGAGCUUGACAAUUUCACAAUCCGAUACAAGAAAGAGCUUCAGCAGCAAAACCUAGCAAAUCAUGACCUGGAUUUGAACAUCUUUGGACUCUGGGCUUAUGACUCUGCAGUAGCAUUAGCAAUGGCAGUAGAAAAGGCAAGAAUAAGAAAUGCUACAUUUCUGAAGAAGGCAAAUGGCUCUACAACAUCAACAGACCUUGAAGGCUUUGGAGUCUCAGGCGUUGGAGCUGAUCUUAUUCAGGCAUUGUCAAGUACCACUUUCAGAGGCCUUGCUGGAGAUUUUAAACUAGUUGAUGGGCAACUCCAAUCACCUCCUUACCAGAUAGUCAAUGUCAAUGGUGCAGGACCUCGAGUUGUAGGAUAUUGGACAAAAGAUAAUGGAAUUGUUAGAGAGCUCAACUUUGCAAAAUCUACCACAAAUGCGUACUCCACAUCCAAGUCCAACAUUGGACCCAUAAUAUGGCCAGGCGAUGGGACAGUUCCACCCAAGGGUUGGGUCCUUCCGACCAAUGGGAAGAAGUUGAGAAUAGGAGUACCUGUAAAAGGUGGUUUCCUUGAGUUCGUGAAUGUCACUUGGAACUCCAACAAUUCUACAAACGUGACAGGUUACUGCAAGGAUGUUUUUGAUACGGUGAUCAAAGCACUACCAUAUGGCGUGCAGUAUGAGUAUGUUCCUUUUGCCAGAUCAGACCACACGUCAAAUGGCAGUUAUGAUGAGUUGGUCUAUGCAGUAUACCAAGGGAUAUUUGAUGCUGUAGUUGGAGAUGUAACUAUCGAAGCAAAUAGGUCAAAGUAUGUCGACUUCACCCUGCCUUAUUCAUGGUCUGGUGUUUCAAUGGUUGUACCGACAAAAAAUUACGAGAGCAAGAAUGCAUGGGUAUUUUUAAAGCCGCUGAAAUGGAAACUUUGGUUGGCAAUCUUUUGCUCAUUCGUUUUCAUGGGCUUCCUUAUAUGGAUUCUUGAACAUCGGAAUAAUGAAGAAUUCAGGGAUCCUCGCAUGAUAUGCUGGUUUCCCUUCUCAACAAUGGUGUUUGCUCAGAGGGAGAGGGUGAUAAGCAACUUGUCUAGGUUUGUGCUGAUUAUAUGGUUCUUCGUGGUUCUUAUACUAACGCAAAGCUACACAGCUAGUCUUUCUUCCUGGUUGACAGUCCAAGAGCUGCAACCCACCUUCACAUACAAAGAAAAUGUUGGUUACCAGAAUGGAUCCUUUGUUUUGGGGCUUUUGAAAAGUAUGAACAUUGAUGAAUCCAGACUUAAGGCAUAUAGCAACACCGAGGAAUUACAUCAACUUUUCAAAAACGGGAGUGCCAAUGGUGGUAUAGCUGCUGCUUUUGAUGAGAUACCAUAUAUAAAGCUUUUCCAAGCCAAGUACUGUUCAAAAUACAUCAUGGUUGGCCCUACGCACAACACAGAUGGUUUUGGCUUUGUGUUUCCUAUAGGAUCUCCACUAGUACCUGAUAUUUCACGGGCGAUAUUAAAUGUUACCGAGGGAAAGAAGAUGAUGGAGAUUGAGAAGAAAUGGUUCAAAAGCGAUACGAAAUGUGCAAACUCUAGUGACGAUUCCUCAUCAGGCAAUCAACUUGGGCUAGAAAGCUUCGAGGGGCUCUUUAUUAUUGUAGGAAUAGCUGGAGCUUUAGUCUUGGUGAUCUAUGUGAUAAGGUUCCUAUACGAGAAUUGGGAAGUUGUGCGUGGCUCUGAUGCAGAGUUAUUCCAAAGGUUCAACAAUGGCCCACCAAGUCCUAUUUUCUCGAGUCCUGAAGCGCAAGCGCACAACUUAGAAAUUCGUGUCGAGCAGGAUGCAUCACUCAUAAGGCAUGAAGGAGAAGAGUCUAACGUGAUACAACAAGAAGUCGAGCUAGUUCAUCGUUCCCAAAACCAGCAAUCAGCAUCAACAUGACGCAGGAAACUCACUAAGGCAAAGUCAAGAACUUGCAGCGGUUCAGGCAACAAACAUGUAACAUAUGUAUUCACAGAAUCUUAUGCUACCAUAGAUACAAACAUUAACAAGGUUGCAGAGCAAAACUUACCAGCAUUUUUAUGA